AUGGCAGGCCACCAGGCCAGGCCCGUGUCUUCUUACACGGCGUCAGUUGCUACCCGGGUUAAACAACGAGAAUGCGGCCCGCCGCGGACGCAUUCCACGGCCAACAUCUUCAUGCUCACGGUUGGCUUGCUGCUCAUGAUGCACACAUCCCGAGCAUCCGCCUCCGAGACAUCGCUCCUCCCGUACAUUCCAACCAACAUCCUCGUCCCAGGGUCCACCGCCGGGGUCGCCUACGGCCGGGAGACUGGCAACGCCAACAGCACCGCGUACAUUUUUAGUCCUAACGAUAGUGGCUCCGUCGAUCUGCUGGCCGUGGACAUAUCAUCCGCCCUGGCCGCUUCCUCUGUUGCCAACAACGCCGAGACCUUGACACAUGGACUGCCUUUCCUCAUAGCAAGUACCAACUCAACAGCCUUCACACCCACGCUCACAUCGGACGGCUCCAUCAUCGCCUACGCAGGCGAUUGCAGUUCAGACUCCAGCUCAUCCUUAUGGGUGUACAACACCACCACCUCGCAUCAGGCAUCAUGGGUUGAGCACUCUGUCACCAUCAACGGCGGUGCCACCGGGCCAUUCUUCCUGGGGGGCGGCUUCUCCUUCUCAGAGACAAUAUCGCCCAGUCUGUCCCAGCCUCUGAUCUAUGCCUACGGCGGGCAAUGCCCCAACGAGACCCUCGGCAACACCUGGACCUCGGCCGCGCAAUACUCCAACUCAAUGGUCCGCCUAUCGGCCUCCACGGGGUCCUCUUCCGGGUUGACUUACACCGCAAACCCGCUGUCCCUCAAGUCCCAGCCCAUAGCUGAGGCAGGCUUCAGCCUGACCCCGCUCCCGCCGGCGACGUCCAACAUCUCAGGGACGGUCACGCAGAGCAUCAACAGUGUCGUCCUGGGCGGCCACACCCAGACUGCCUUUGUGAACAUGUCGACGGCCGCGGUGUGGAGCCUGCCGGAGGAGAGCUGGAGCUUCAUUGCCAUCUCCGGACCGUCGGCCUCGUCCUCGAGCGACCUUUCGGAGCUUGCCAAACACGACGAGGAGGUUACCGAGGUGCAGCCGCGGUCGGGUCAUACCGCCGUCCUCAACGAGGCCGGGACCGCCCUGGUCGUCCUUGGUGGGUGGGUGGGAAACACGAGCCAGGCGGCGCAGCCGCAGCUGGCUGUUCUGCAGAUGAGCGGUAGUGAGUUCGGAGAGUGGACAUGGUCUGUGCCUGAUGACCAGCCUCUGAGCUCUGGAGAGGGGAUUUACGGCCAUGGUGCUGCCUUGUUGCCUGGCAAUGUCAUGAUGGUAUCCGGUGGUUACGCCAUCACAUCUGGAUCUUCAGGUUCAGGGCUGGGCAAAAGGGACAGCAUUGGUGUUGCGGGCGGACAGCUUCAAAUGUUCUUCAACUUGACAAGCCUCACCUGGAGCGAUUCGUACACGAACCCGACAUCUGUGUCCACUGGCUCACAAAGCGGCACCGCGCCGUCGUCAUCGCCAUAUAAACUUGGUCUCGGCUUGGGCUUGGGAUUCGGUAUCCCAGUUUUACUUCUCGUGCUGGCCAUAUGCUUCUUCUGCUGGAGGCGAAGGCAGCGCCUGCGCCACCAGACACGCGACGAGCACAUCCGAAACUUGACCACUGGCACAGCCUUCAUCACGUCCGAUGAGAUGCUUGAGCACGAGAACGUGUACCCCUGGGGUCCGCGAAGUGCGGCACGAUGGUACACGGGCGGACACGACCCGUAUCUGCGUGAUCAGGGAAGUUCACCAGGAUACGAAAAUCUGCGUGCCCCUAGACACGAUUCUGAUGAUCCCAUGGCCGUCGAGUCACCCGGUAACUACAGAAGGGACAUCCGCCGUAGGCCAGUGCCAAGGGUAGCAAGGGGUCUGUAUCAACCCACCGGUAUUUCCGGUACGGAUGAUGUUAUGAGCCCAGGUGCAAUUCAUCCUAUCUUUGAAGACGAGGAAGAUGAGAUAGCCAUGGCUGGUGCCAUGGCUCCAGACAAGGACGAAGAGAAUGACGAGGACCCGUUCACCACCCCGGUCCCUUCACCAACAAAGGCAGGCCCCAGUCUGGCGAGCCCGAUUGUCUUUGUAGCAUCUCAGGCGAUGGUGGGUUCCGGGCCAACUAGUCCAACAGAGAGCACACCGCGUGCUCGACCCCAGCACCCAGAAGUACAAGACUGGGUGAGCGACAUCGACGCAUCAGACGCCUUGAUCACAGCUCGCCUACAGCCUCACAACACCACGUUCCGCAACUCGGGCAAGAUCUCUCCGACGAGGCGGCCUUCGGUGCGUGUGUCCGAAGACGAUACUACCGGCGGUGCUCGAACGGACAGCAACCUGUCCGAGUCCAAUCGCAGCACCUUCAGCUUCGUUUUUAACCGGUCAGACUCGCUGCGCGCUGGGGCGGGCAUGUUGGCCAUUAGCAAGUCUCGGAAUGAUCAGGAAAGGGCUGGCACCUCCCACUCGGACAAGAGCAAUAGCAGCAACAGCAACACCACGCAGGACAGUUUCAUGACGGCCAAGUCGAUCACGGCACUCCAGUCCGAGGGGCCUGGACUGCUACUGGGCCGGCCGAGGCCGAUAUCAGACAUUGAGGACCUCGGCCACUUGUCAGAUGAUGAUCCGCUAGCCCCUGGGAGUCCAAGCAAGAGCAAGCCACCGCGCAGGAGCUGGUUUGGGAGCCUGAAGAGAGUGUUCAGCGCAGGCGCUGGCAGCGGUAGUUCGAACGGCAGUUCGAGUAGGACUGAGAGCCCGACCCACGGGCAAAGCAGCGACUACGAUGGGCUUGGUCUGGGCAGCCUAGGCCUCGGUGGUGUUGGGCUGUUACAAAAGCGGAAGCAAGGGAGAUUGGCAUGGGAUGAGGCCGGGGCAUCUGCGAGUGGUGCCGGCCAAGGCGCUGGCGAGGGUUGGGAGGAAGAAGACUGGGACAUCGAGAGAGCGGUCGAGAAGAGGUUGGUGCAGGUGAUGUUCAGUGUCCCCAAGGACAGGUUGCGCGUCGUUAAUGCCGAUAACGCGGAUCUCGUGUCCCUGGAGGAGUCCGUGGUCUUUGUGGAUCCGGAGAAGGACGGCCUUCCAAUCGCGGACACUAAUGCCCCUGGAAAAGAGAAGGAAAAGGAGACGGCGCACAACGAGGAGCCCGAAGAACAGGAGGAUGUCGCGGAUGUCGCCAGUGUCGCUAGCCAGACUGAAGAAGCGAGCAGGGCAAGACGCGAGAGGAUACAGCAAGGAAAACAGCCGGAGAGACCUCUCUUGCUGCUCAAAGUACCUCAGGCCCCGGCAAGCGAUACUUCAGAGGAUUCCAGACGGAGAAGCAUCUCGCCCGUUGUCAGGACGGCGGAACAAGUCCGGUACGAGAGACCUAGGACGCGCGUGCUCGACAUGGUAGAGAGCUUCGAGAGCAGGAGUAAGAGUUCAAGUCCUGAGAGGAGGCAAUGA